CUGCAGAUCCUCGGCACAGCGAGCGAUGCUGAGGCUGAGAUCUGAGAUGCAACUCAGAGGGUCCCGCGCAUAAAGACGAAGUUAUGGCACGACCAUCCUCGGAGAAAAAGGUCCCGCAGCAAUCUCUCUGUGCCGAGGAGUCCCUCAGCGGUGACGCGCAUGUCCUUCAGGGGCGCAGAAGCUCGGAGCGAGAAAACCCCAAAUUACGCGUCAAAACAAACUAGUUCAAAUCGGGACAGAAGCAAGUCGACAGCACGGGGGAAUAACAGCAGCGUUGAGUUGAAGUGAGGGGCGCAAUGCAACAGGCCUGCGAAGUGAAGACAAGGACUGGCUUGCAGCUACACACGGUGUAAAGCUUAUCUUGAUGCAGCUGUAGUUAGAAGUGCCCUUCAAUCAUCCUGAGGAUGGUACUCAGAAAAUAAGAUUUCUCUUCGCCUGCAGUGCCUUCAGGGAUUCUACCUAGAAAAGAUACCAGUGACACCGGGGCCAUAAUGAACCUGUUCAGGAAGGAUGCCAAGACCUCAAAGAAGGACAAAGAGAAAGAUAUCCAGUAUGAGGACCCUCCAGAUGGAGGCUGGGGAUGGAUGGUUGUGCUGCAUUGUUUCCUCGUAAAUGUCCUCGUAAUGGGCACCCUGAAGAGCUUUGGGAUCUUCUUUGUGGCUUUCCAAGAUGAGUUUGGGGGCUCAGCAGAGAGUAUCAGCUGGAUUGGUUCCAUCAUGUCGAGUCUGCGUCUGUCUGGAGCACCCAUCGCCUCUGUGGCAUGUGCCAAGCUGGGAGCCAGAGUGACUUCAAUCACCGGUGCAGUGCUGGUUAGCGGAGGCUUCCUGUUGAGUAUUUUUGCCAGCAGCGUGGUAUUUCUCUACAUCAGCAUGGGAGUGAUAGUUGGAAUGGGUUUUGCACUACUGUAUCAGUCCUUCUCAGUGGUCACUGCGUUGUACUUCCGAAAAAGGUUAGCAACAGCAUAUGCUAUUGGUCGCUCUGGGAUGGGUUUGACCUUUGCUCUUGCUCCUUUCACUCAGCUGCUUCUGGACCAAUAUGCUUGGCAAGGAGCCAUGCUGAUUCUUGGUGGUCUCAUGCUGAAUCUGGUGGCCUCUGGCAUGCUUCUGCGACCCAUCAAUGUAAAGCCACCUGUUUCAAACCCUACCUCUUCUGCCAUCCAAAAGAGCCCCGCUGUUUCUCUCAAGAGUUCCUCCGAGAAGGAGUACUCCAAGAACUGUUUGAAUGGGUCCACUCAAGUAUCCAAUGGCGUCUCCAAAUCAGACUCUCUUCCAUCCCCUCCAACCUCUCACAGGGACACCAUGAACAUUGGGGGACAAUGUUCUCAGGGACCCCAGGACCAGUCAGUGAAUCCUGAACUGACCAGACUGGUCCUGAAUGGAGUAAAUCACCAUGAGCCCCAUCAUGACCUGGGUCAGUGUAAACCCACAACUCCAGAUUGCUCAGCAGAGCUCAAUGGCAGUAUGAAUGGGUCCACGAUUGUUGGAUUUCCCUCACAUGCAAGCUUGCCAAGUGAGGUGACUGUCAGAAAAGCCAAAGUACUGGAUUUCUCUUUGCUCAAGGACCCUUUCUUUUGCAUAUACACUUGGUCUUUGGUCUUCAGUCAGCUUGCCUACUUUAUCCCCUAUUUCCACCUGUCUGCCCGGGCCAGAACCCUGGACAUUGAUGCCAUGGAUGCCUCCUUUAUCAUCUCUGUGGCAGGUAUCACAGAGACCAUCGCUCAGUUGGCUUCAGGCUGGGUGACAGACAGGAAUCUGUUCCAUAAAUACCACUUCCACAAAGCCUACCUGAUCCUCUGUGGCUUGGUCAAUCUGCUUUCCCCACUGGCAACUUCUUACAUCCUGCUGAUGGUCUAUGCAGUCUUCUUUGCCAUCUUUUGUGGUGGCUACAUGGCUCUGUUGCUGCCUGUUUUGGUAGAUCUCGUUGGGUCGGAGAAACUCAAUAACUCCAUGGGCUGCUCAAUGUUUUUUGUAGGCCUGGGUUGUCUCACAGGGCCUCCUUUGGCAGGCUUCUUGUAUGACUACACUCAGACGUACGACUGUUCCUUCUACCUGGCUGGGCUCUGCUAUCUACUCUCCUCCCUCUCCCUGUUCAUGGAGCCGCUGGCUCAGCGCUGGAAGGCCAAGAAGAAACUGUCCCAGGCCAAGAGAGCAGAAAGCAGCUGUAAGACCAAUGGCUGCUUCACUCCUGAUCGCCUGCAGAACGGCGCUGUGUAGGAGUUAACUGAAGGGUUUGAUCUGGAACCAACAUGCACACGAUGACAAGCCUGCCCAUGUUGGACCUUGGACUCCAGCUUGAAGUCGGGCUUCAUUUCAGCAAGAGCAUAAUGCAGCCUGCACAGAAACAUGAUGUCUAAGGAACUCGGGAUGUUGAUGAAAAAAAAGCCAAAAUGUUAGCAUUCUGCUGAGAGGCACACUGCAUCAAAACUGAAGAUAAUCCUUGCGUGCAGCACCUGCCACAGUUUAAUAUAAGCACAUAUGCAAACAUAACUUACUGAGAGAGAAAUGGCAAAACUGCACUCACUUUGCAGAAAUGCUUUAUUGCAUGUCGCACUGCUCAGAAAUAAGCUAUGCAGUUGAUCUCGAAAUCCUGUCUUCAGUCAAUUUUUCUUUUUUUUCUUUUUUUUGUGAUGAGAUUUAUGGAACCACACAGCCAUGAAGAAGUACGUUUCACCUGAUGUCUUGGGGAAGCUUUUACCUGUCUCUGGUAAACAUUACUCACUGUUAUGCACUUUGGGCCAACCUAUGAUUAUGCUGCAUGCCAUUUUCCUCAAGAUUCUCGAGAUGCUGAGCAGCCACAUUAUUUCAGCCUGCACCUGUGAAACAAUGUGUAAUCUCUUAUAUACAAAGCCAAAAAGCCCGUACUGCUUCUGCAGUUUAUAUGAGAAAAAUGUAUCUCUUCUUUAACUAGAUUAUUGUAGACAUUUUACUGAUGUAAUCACUUUGAGACUCUCAUUGGCAUUCUUGUAUUAUUCCAAACACAUUUUUUUGUCAGCCGUGUAAUUCAGCAUCUUUUUGUAAUGACUCACCAUUCAGACCUUCUCGGAUGCUUUCAGGUUUUCCCCCUCACAGAAAUCGUUCUGCCGUGCCUGUCACCUUUCAACAUUUGAACUACAGACAUACUCAUUUUUGCCUCGAUGUUACUAUUUGUACUUGGUGGCAUUAGCCCAGUUUUUCAUGCCUUUCACGGCUUUCCUGGAGUCACAUGAGAAGUUUUAUGCUUUUUAGAGCCGAGGAGUUUUAAUGGGUGUAUAUCGCGCCGGGGGCCAGCUGAGCAUUAGAAGGGCUGUAGGACAUUCAUCUGAAACUUAUUCAUUUACCCCAGCUAUUUCACUGUUGUCAUGCAAAGUAGCCCUUUUAAACCUGUUAUAUAUAAACUCCUUUUGGCAGUAAAUGCAUCUGCUGCAAUAUUUGUCCCUUAUUUUUAACUGACAUUUAGGCUGCUUUCAGUGCUGCUGACCAUUACGUUAACUGUUUCUACUCAAAUGUCUAUUGAACUAUUUUAACUGACAUUCAGCUGCUGUCAGUACUCACAUAACUCACUGUACUCACUUCAGCUAUCUUUAGUGCCUCAGUGGAACUUUUUUUUGGCUUAUAGCCUCCUUCUGUAACACUGCAGAUGAUUAUUCAGCUGCUUCCUGCUGUGAAGUAACUGUUUUUACUACUUAGCAAACUAAAAUUUAAGUUGCAACACUUGGAUUUCACCUAACUUCCGUUCAGUGCUUCACAUUCAGCUGACGCUUCACCUGUUUUGGAUCACAUAGGAUAUUUAACCUGUUUACACAGUGAUUACAGCUGUAAUCUUCUGCACUAUUUUCUUCAGAAUUGUUUUAAUUGUAUUAAAUUUGAACCUUGGUUUUUUCCUUAUAUAACAAUAAACUACCUUCCUCCUUUUCUAGGUCACAGAUAAGCAUUCAGAUGUCAGUGACGUUAUCUUUAACUUGUCAGCACCUGCUCAUGAGCUGUUCUAUGCAAAUGCACAGAGAGAGGAGAUUUUCCUUUGGCAAAUACGCACACAAACACACACUUUCUCCUCUGCAAAUAUCACCAGCUCCUGAAAGCCUGUUGUUUAGUUAAGGUUUCAGUGUUUUCUUCAUCGUGGUUGGACUGAGGGCCGAUGGAGCUGAUGAGCUCCCCUGAACAGCAGGGUUUUUUUUUUUUUUGUUCUGUUGUGUGUGUUUGCUAUUUUGUCAUCCUUGUGUGUCCUUGUAUGUCUCUGACCAACUGUGACGAUGGUGUAAUGUUGACCAUGUAAAUGCACAGUGCCACAAGUGGACUGUUUAAAACUGUUGCCCAGUCUUUACAGUGCCUGCAGGCAGCCAGUGAGUGGCAAUGCAACUUAUGAUAUUGUAUUUGUACAUGGGAGUCUUAAACCUUUUUUUUUUUUUAUGUAGAGUUUUGGUUUGUUUGUUUUGCUAAUUUGGUUUUAAUGGAGUCCUUGUUUUUCACCACUGUUUGCCUUACAAGGUAAUGUAUCUUCUACUAACUUCCUGUAAUAUCAGCCAAAGAUCACAUUAGAAAACAAACCUACAACUUGAAGCUUAUUGCUGGUUAAAAGAAAGAAAGAAAAACAUCUGGAAAUGUAUGUAUUUAAACCACUAUGACCACCCAUUACUCAGUUAUUUUUAUGUCUUAAUUGAAGAUGAUUCAUGAUGGGCAUGUGCUUUGUAUUGCUGCCCUCUUGUGGAAAAAUGAGGCUUUUACUCAAGGAAUGCUCUCUCAAUUAGUACCAAAUUAUUCCCCCUCAACUCGUUUUCACAAUACUGAGCAAGCCUCUUUGUAUUGUUUCUAUAACAGCAGUCAUGCACAAAGGCUCUUUUGGCUCACGAGUUGCAUUCACCAUCGGUAUGCUUUUGUGAUUUAGCUCCACUGACUAUUUUGUACUAUAAUAAAUCUUUUAUGAAAAGUAUUUGAUGCUUUAAAGGUAGAUUUGGGUUAGGGUAAUUUUACUUGCCAGUUAUCUGGAUAAGAAGCUGUAUGCUUGAGCAGUAUCUUUAAGUCAUUAUACGUCUCAAAAACAAACAGAGUGCUGUUUGAGACAUUUGGAUCGGAUGUUUUUGUUGCAGCAAAUGCAUUUUUCAGUGAGGUACUUUUUAAUUCAUGACUCUCACUCCUGGGUUUGUUAACUGAUUGACUUUAGGAGAUAUGGUUAACCAAUCAUAGAUUUCACUAGAGUUCAUUUUUAAGCUUUGUAAACAGUGUGCAGGUCAGCUGUAAUAAACUGAUGUGUACCUCAGUCUGUUACUGUGUGAUUCAGAUGACAAACUAAUACCAGGACAAGAAGCUCAAGUUUCAACAAAUAAACACGUUUUAUUGACACAUUAUUG